AUGAGACAGGGGUUCAACUGGGCAUCAAGUGAAAAAGCAGGAGAAUGGUACAACUUUAUGAAGACCUUGGUCCCUGACAUAGCUGAUUCUGGAGUUGACUAUUUCUAUGAUCCCUACAUCGAAUGGGGGCUAAAGGAACCGAUAAAGAAAGUGACAGAAAUAAGGAAGAGAAAUGGAGUUACGGCCACAAGCAGAGUAAAUAUUCUGGCAGCUGAGGCUGAUCUCUACAUGGCUGAAAUUGACAACAAGAUCAUUGUCAAGAUUGGACCCAAAAUGGAUCUUGUCAACCUUCUUCCACCAAAUGUUCAGGUUGCUACCAGUGGACAAGACUACGCUGUGUGGAAGAGAAAGUGA